AUGAGGCGAUUUCGUCGUGCAGAUUUGCCUCCCCUCGUCGCCCAAGGUGGCGUGUUGUCGCCAUUCCGCCCGAUUUCCCUUUCCCGCCCCCGAUUCCCCUUUCCCGCCGCCCGAUUCCCCUUUUACGCCGCCAGAUUCCCCUUUCCCGCCCCCAAUUCCCCUCCUGCCGGCCGAUUCCCCUUUCCCGCCCCCAAUUCCCCUCCUGCCGGCCGAUUCCCCUUUCCCGCCGCCCAGUACUCAUUUCCCGUCGCCCUAUUCCCCUUCCCGCCGCCCAUUCUCCCCUUCCUGUGUCCCAUUUUUCCCUUCCCGUCUCCCUUUCUCCCCUUCCCGCAUCCCUUCUAUCCCUUCCCUCCUUUCAGUGCCUUCUCUCCCUUCCCUCCCUUCUCUCCCUUCCCUCCCUUCCCUCCCUUCCCUCCCUUCUCUCCCUUCCCUCCCUUCUUUCCCUUCCCUGCCUUCCCUCCCUUCCCUCCCUUCCCUCCCUUCUCUCCCUUCUCUCCCUUCUCUCCCUUCUCUCCCUUCCCUGCCGUCCCUCCCUUCUCUCCCUUCCCUCCCUUCUCUCCCUUCCCUCCCUUCCCUCCCUUCUCUCCCUUCUCUCCCUGUUGGAAGUAA